UGGCGUCAUAUGAAAUGUGUCACCAAAGAGGGUGAGAAAUCUCAGAAAGCAGCAUCACCAUGUGAAAUGUCGAUGGGUGAAACCGAAUUCGAUGAGAAGCUGAGGACGGCUCCUUUUGAUCCAUGUUUUGAGGAAAUUGUGGACGGAAAACCUCGAAGUUAUUGUAACGUACUCUGUCCUGGUGCUGAUACCGUGUACCUCAUUAAGCGUUCACCACCGAAUCAGAGGUUCAGCAAGAAGGAAGAAAAUGUAAAGGCAGGCAACUUCCUGCCCGGAGAAUUACUCACCUUAAGACCUAUUUCCCGAGAAAAUUCUAUCUCAUUGAAAGAGCUCAAAGACGUUUGA